UUUGCCGUUCGCGAAUCAUUGCGUCGAGAGACGGCGUCAUGAGCGAGCUGCAGAGAGAGAGAGACAACAACGCGUGCGACGCACUCUCGGCGCUCGAUCGCCUCUCGGUGUUGAUCAGCGCGGGCGAAUGGCGACAAUCCGUUGGAGGAGAUAAAGAGGCGACAAGUAGUGUCACCAAACAGGCGCUGGGAGAUGUCGCCUUCAUACAACAGAAGCUCAACGCGUUGGUGAAUUGCCUAGACGAGGCGCGUUGCGAGAAGUCAAAGAUUCAAGUCGAAAUGGACGCGCUCGGCACUAAAGUUGGAAAGUCUCCGUCUCAUGAUCGUUCGGAGAGCGAGUGGCGGGUGCAGCUGGCCGAACUCGAUCUCGAGUUGUCGAGAACGAAAGAGGCGCUCAUGGUCGUCAAGGCCGACAGGAAGCGACUGAAAACCGAGAAGGCGGACUUACUGAGUCAAAUGAAGCGUCUCUAUACGACACUAGAGGAGCGCGACGCCGAGCUAAAGGAGUUUAUUAGCGACUAUGAAGACAGAAUGAAGGAGGCGGAGGAGAGUAAACGACAUUUAGUCGAAGAAAAGGAGAGUUUGGAGAGAGAGAAGUGGGACAUGCUAAAACGUGCGAGAGACAGUGCGGAGAGAAGCGUCGCUUUGAGACAACAAUUAGACACGCGAGAGGACCAAAUUCGUUCGCUUGGAAAUCAAUUAGAGCGAAUGAAGCGCGGAGAACUGCCGCAAGAUGAAGAACAGCUCCCGCCUUACUCUGUCAUUUCGUGCGACCAAUCACUGACGCCAUCGGAGCGCGCGGGCUCGUUCAACAACCAAUCGAGUUCUUCUCGAGCUGCUACAUGCGGCCAAUCACGAAGCCCAGCGCAUCACCCGCUCAGCACCGCCUCCCUCAUAUCCCAACAGACCGUCGACGAGGCGGCGCUCAGAUCGACCGUUUUCGCCACACAAUCGACCUACAACCGCAACUCCCUAUCAGACGAAGUCGAGAGAGAGACGCCAAGCCCACUACCCGAACAAGAAACGCCGAAAAAAUCAAAGAAAAAGUCCAGCACGUUUGGCUCGAUUUCUCGCGUUUUUUCACGCACAAAGGCAAAGCGGAGCGCCAGCGCCGACGCCCUAGAGGGAUUACAAGAUACUUCCUACGGUCAUCCGGCUACCGUUGCCAUUCAGUGUCUCACUCAAGAUCAACUCCAAGAGCGUUACCGCGUCCUUGAAGAAUCCCGCGGUCUCCCGAUGGCAAGAUGGAAGGCAGCAACGGUCGUCGCGUGGCUCGAAGCGACAAUGAAUAUGCCACAAUAUGCGGACGCCUUCAAGGAAAACGUGAAGAGCGGCAAAGUGUUGAUUGGCCUCACUGAUCAGGAACUCGAGCAGGGACUGAAAAUGGUCAAGCCGAUGCAUCGACGGAAGCUUCGAUUGGCGAUCGCCGGACACAUUCAUCCCGGCCACGUACGGUUUCCGCAUGCCGGCGAUCUCGAUCACCACUGGGUGGCGAACGUGUGGAUACAUGAUUUAGGAUUGAGUCUCUACGCUCAGGCAUUUCAUGAGAAUCUAAUCGACGGGCGUGUGCUGAGCACCCUGGAUAAGAAAGACAUGGAGAAGCAUCUGGGAAUUAGUAGGAAGUAUUACCAAGCGAGUAUCAUAUACGGAAUCAAGCUUCUAAAAAUGUUACAAUUUGACAAGCAGGUUUUGUUGGAGAGACGAGCGAUGAGCGAGGAGGCGGACACAGACCCGAUCGUGUGGACUAACUCUCGACUCAUCAAAUGGGUGCAGUCGAUCGACUUGGAGGAGUAUGCGAUGAAUUUGAGAAACAGUGGAGUGCACGGUGCUGCAAUCGUGUUAGAGCCAUCGUUCGGCGCCGAGGCGUUUGCCACAGCGUUGGGGAUUCCAUCGUCAAAGGCGAUGGUGAGGAAGCAUCUCGCUGACGAGUUGAGCAACCUCAUCACGCCCGCAAGAGAGUCGAUUGCUCGAUUGAUCAUCGACGAAGCCGUAACGAGCAAGCAAGGCAGAAAGAAACCGGCCGCCUCACUUGGCCGUGCAGUCAACCGGAUAGAAGAAGAGAGAAAUAAGAACAAGAAACGAGCGUUCAAGGGCUCUCUCGGACGCGCAUUCGGACGACGAGGGAAAGACACGAACGAUAGCUUUAUGAACGACGUCGGAUUAGAGUUAGAGACGACUGUCGUGUAAGAUGUAGAGACGCUCGUGGGGGGAGGGGUUACGAGCAUCAGGCUCAAGAUCAGUUUUAUCUUGUUUUUUAAUUUGCUGUAUGACAAAGCUGUACAAAGGUGUUAGAUAGACAGCGUUUCCAUUGCCGCUGUCGUUCUAUCGAGAUCUCUCAUAUUAUUGUCUUGUUGACUACUCAA